AAUAAUAUAGGAUUUAUCAUAGAAAUCCCCUAUAGUAUAGGAUAUCUCCUAAAGGAUUAAUCCAGGAGGUCUCAAACGAUCAUCCUAAAAUCUGCUGGGAUUGAUCUCUUCAACGAGCUCUCAACUGCACAGAACAUAUGUAUGUACAUACAAGUCCAAGUAUUAGGGUGUACCUAAAUACAAAUAAUUCGGACAACAAACAUUUUAAUUAAAAAAAAGCGCGGAUUUUUAAUAACAAUUCAAAUAUAUUUUCGGACUAAAAUAUAAAUAAAUAAUUUUAUUUUGCAAAAAUGGUUAACAACAACAAUAAUCAAAAUACACCUGCAGGAGCUACACGCCCAAAACAGGUUGCUAAAUUUAUUUCAGAAAGUGACAGUUUAACAAGAUACUGUACCACAGUAAAGUAGAGCUGCCACAAAUAUACAGUCAAAAGGCAAGUUCAGGCAUCUACCUCGAGCUGCCCGCAUGUGACACAGAAACCUUUUACGGAGGUUAUGAAGAAUGGCCGUCCUUCCGAGACAUGUUUACGGCCGUGUACAUAAACCAUCGUCAAUUAUCACAAGCGCAAAAAUUGUAUCACCUCAGAUACAAAACUAAAGGUCAAGCAGGCAUAAUAGUAAAACAGUUCGCUCUAAAUGACGAUAAUUUCAAUUUGGCUUGGGAAGCUCUAAAAGCUAGAUAUGAAAACGAAAGAACAUUGGUCGAUAAGCAAGUAACGACACUAUUAAACUUGCCUAAAAUCAAGAAAGAAACAAGUGAAGAAUUUGUAACACUACAAUCCACUGUUUCUAAUUGUUUGUUGAUUCUGUCGACACAAAAUAUUCCCACAGAUAGCUGGGACCCAAUUCUGGUAAACAUUUGCACCGCCGCAUUACCAGGAAAGGCGUUACUUCUAUGGGAGCAAUCGCUCUCAUCACGAAAAAAGUGCCCAACGUGGCAAUAAAUGAAAGAUUUUCUCACCACCCAAUAUGAAAUUGCGGAAAGGUUAGAAGAAAAUAUAAUUAAUACUAAGACCAUCAAACACGACCAAAAUGGAAGCUUAAAUAGACCCCAAGCUAGAAGAAACACAAAUUUAAACAAAAGCUUUUACAAAACACAAACGUUCAUAUCAGAACAAAGAAAACAAACGUCAUGCGAACUAUGUAAAAGAGGGCAUAAGCUUACAUCUUGCGCGAAGUUUAAAAAAUCAAACAUUAACGAAAGGAACAACUUUGUCAGAUCUAAAAGACUCUGUACAAACUGCUUGUCCCAUACACACAAUCUUAAAGGUUGCAAAAGCAAAUUUAAUUGCUUAUAUUGUCACAAAAGACACAAUUCUAUGCUUCAUUACAGCAGAUAUCCUAUCUCACCCCAAAGAAGCGCUUAUACACAAAGAACCAUGAGCAUAAUUGCUAAGGCAAAUCCAGAAAAUUGUCAAAAGACACCCUGUUGCUCAAAGGCACAAAAAGUACAAACGUUACACAGCGAAACACAAAGUGGACUAGUUACAAAAUUAGUUACCACCAUACAAACUCAAGUUGAGAAAAAAUCAAAUCAAUACCUUAAUUUACAAUUAAGGAAAUUUCAAGAGAUAGGGAAUCUUCCAAGAAUAUUAAAUAAAACUCUAGGAGAUCAGUAUUGUUAGAGCUACUCGAAAGCCGCAACUACUCGAUCAAAUAGUGGCCGGUACGUCGUACGACCACCACUAGAGCCACAAUUUUCUAAUACUCCACAAAUUGGUAUAAAAAACAAAGUUAAAGUUACUUCUGACAGUCCCUAUAUUAAAAGAAAUACAACUUUUCGGCUCCGCAGGAUGGCUUUCGCCAGUAAUGAAAAAAAAAAAUUCUGCACAAAUCCUAGAGCGGUGGUGGGCUACUACUUGCCAAAUUAAUGCAUACGCACUCAAACACAAUAUGUAACAAAAUUCUCGCAAAAGGAUAGAGAAUUGACAUUCUCAUAAAAUAUUGCUUAAUAAGUAGUUCCAUUGGAGGAUGGAGUCAUGUGUAGAAGUUCACGCAAGUGAGGAAAGUUCUCUGACCGCCAUUCACUUGGGAAUGGCCAGAAACGAUUCUUUUACACAUGGCUCAAGCAGCUCACUACUUCCGGUCUUUGACCAAGUAUCCUCUGGGUAGCCUAAGAACAUCCGUUCGAAGGCGAGCUAAAGUGAGAAGGCGAAACAUCCCCCACAUAGGGUUGUGCGCUGGGUUUGGGACCCGCCACGUAAAAAAAACACCCCCAGUGAAGAGCCAUAACCAGCCUCGGAUGAGAGACCCCCCUUUUGAUGACGACCAUGGCAAACGAAAUAAGGACUACGAAUUGAGGGCAUGCACCUGGAAUGUCCGGUCCCUUAAUUGGGAAGGUGCCGCUGCCCAGCUGGUUGAUGUCCUCGUAAAAACAAAGGCUGACAUCACCGCCGUCCAAGAAAUGCGAUGGACGGGACAAGGACAGAGACGAGUAGGUCCUUGUGACAUUUACUACAGUGGCCAUAUAAAGGAGCGCAAGUUUGGUGUAGGAUUCGUGGUGGGAGAGAGACUCCGUCGCCGAGUACUAUCAUUCACUGCGAUGAAUGAACGUCUAGCCACAAUCCGCAUCAAAGCGAGGUUCUUCAACAUAUCGCUGAUCUGCGCCCACGCCCCGACGGAAGAGAAGGACGAUGUGACCAAAGAUGCCUUUUAUGAGUGCUUGGAGCGCACUUAUGAAGGCUGCCCCCGCCACGAUGUCAAAAUCGUGCUUGGCGACUUUAACGAAAGGGUGGGCAAAGAAGGUGUCUUUGGCACUACGGUCGGUAAAUUCGGCCUCCACGACGAAACAUCCCCUAAUGGAUUGAGGCUGAUUGACUUCGCCGGGGCCCGAAAUAUGGUUAUCUGUAGUACUAGAUUCCAGCAUAAGAAGAUUCAUCAAGCUACCUGGCUGUCUCCGGAUCGAAAAAAUACCAACCAGAUCGAUCAUGUUGUGAUAGACGGAAGACACGUCUCCAGUGUUUUAGAUGUGCGUGCGCUCCGAGGUCCUAACAUCGACUCGGACCACUAUCUUGUUGCAGCUAAGAUUCGCACCCGCCUCUGUGCAGCAAAAAACGCGCGCCACCAAACACAAGGAAGGUUCGACGUCGAGAAGCUGCAAUCACAACAGACAGCCGAACGAUUUUCUACUCGGCUUGUACUCCUGCUCUCUGAGAGCACUCGUCAACAACUCGGUAUAAGGGAACUGUGGGACGGAAUUUUAAACUCGUGCAGCUGCAACCGAAACCAUUGGUUUUCGGAAAGUGCAAAAGAACAGCUGGUACGACGAGGAGUGCCGCGCCGCAGCGGAGAGAAAACAGGCUGACUACCUCGCAACGUUACGAUCGGCCACAACACGUGCGGGAUGGGAUAGAUACCGAGAAUUGAAGAGGGAAGCGAGACGCAUCUGCCGACAGAAAAAGAAAGAGGCCGAAAUGCGUGAGUAUGAAGAGCUUGAUAAGCUGGCAGGGGUAAUGCUCGAAAAUUCUACGAAAAAAUGCGGCGGCUUACAGAAGGUUUCAAGACCGGAGCAUACUCUUGUAGAACCCCCAAAGGUGAUCUAGUGACCGAUGCCCAGAGCAUACUUAAAUUAUGGAGGGAACACUUCUCCAGCCUGCUGAAUGGCAGAGAAUGCACAACGCCAGGAGAAGGCGAACCCGAUUCCCCAAUCGAUGACGAUGGAGCAGACGUCCCAUUGCCCGACCAUGAAAAAGUUCGAAUAGCAAUUACCCGCCUGAAGAACAACAAAGCGGCGGGGGCCGAUGGAUUGCCGGCAGAGCUAUUCAAACACGGCGGCGAAGAACUGAUAAGGAGCAUGCAUCAGCUUUUUUGUAAAAUAUGGUCGGACGAAAGCAUGCCCAACGAUUGGAAUUUAAGUGUGCUAUGCCCAAUCCAUAAAAAAGGAGACCCCACAAUCUGCGCCACCUACCGUGGGAUUAGCCUCCUCAACAUCGCAUAUAAGGUUCUAUCGAGCGUAUUGUGUGAAAGAUUAAAGCCC